AUGCAAGGACAAGUUGCCUCCCACAUCGUUGCGCAAGUGACGGUUGCCAGCAACGCAGAGUUGAUGAGGCCAAGGUCGCUCAUACCACUAAGGUUGGGUCUGAAAAAGAACACCGUGAAUGACAGCCAAUAUUGCGACUCUAAAAAGGCCUGACUGAAUGGAUUACGCAGAUGACACACGCAAUCGGUGACCAGAACAAUUCCUAACUACUGGCCAGCAUUGAGCAACCGAGCUGUGACGCGGACGAGGGAUUGAACAGUUUCUCUAUGGCUGAGCCUCGAAAUAACCCAGUAAGAAACACAACAGGGCCUCGCGUUCUUGACCAAAGCAGUUGCCGAGGCGUUCAAAUUCAUGGUCGAAACAGAACCGUUGUGGACAUG